UCGUCCUUCUCUUGCUCACUCGCUGAGCUGAUCCGGAUCAGAGCAAAGGUACUCUGUGAUGUUUGUAUAGAUUACGGGAGCAAUGGCCCACGGUGACUUGAAACCAAGAGAUGUAUGUGUUGUUGGUGUUGCUCGUACACCUAUAGGCGGUUUUCUUGGUGCACUGUCAUCUUUACCUGCCACAAAACUUGGCUCUAUUGCAAUUCAGUGUGCUCUGAGAAGGGCAAAUAUCGAUCCGACACUUGUACAAGAAGUCUUUUUUGGAAAUGUUUUGAGUGCCAAUUUGGGGCAGGCUCCUGCCAGGCAGGCUGCUUUAGGUGCUGGAAUACCUAACUCAGUCAUCUGCACCACAAUUAACAAAGUUUGUGCAUCAGGGAUGAAGGCUACCAUGUUUGCUGCACAAAGUAUCCAGCUGGGUAUCAAUGAUAUUGUCGUGGCUGGUGGCAUGGAAAGCAUGUCAAAUGCCCCUAAAUACUUGGCAGAAGCAAGGAAAGGAUCUCGAUUUGGACAUGAUUCACUUAUUGACGGGAUGCUUAAAGAUGGUCUAUGGGAUGUAUAUAAUGAUUUUUCCAUGGGAAUGUGUGCUGAAUUAUGUGCAGAUCAACACUUAAUUCCUAGAGAAGAACAGGAUGCAUAUGCCAUUCAAAGCAAUGAGCGUGGCUUAGCUGCUCGAAAUGCUGGUGCCUUUGCAUGGGAAAUAGUACCGGUAGAAGUUUCUGCUGGCAGAGGAAAGCCUCCAGUACUUGUCGAUAAUGAUGAAAGUCUGGAAAAGUUCGACCCUACAAAGCUAAGGAAGCUCCGCCCCAGUUUUAAGGAGAAUGGCGGUUCUGUUACAGCUGGCAAUGCCUCCAGCAUAAGUGAUGGUGCUGCAGCACUGGUAUUAGUGAGUGGAGAAAAGGCUAAAGAACUAGGAUUGCAGGUGAUUGCGAAGAUCACAGGAUAUGCAGAUGCAGCACAGGCACCUGAGCUGUUUACAACAGCUCCGGCACUUUCAAUACCAAAAGCUAUAUCAAAUGCCGGUUUGGAGGCUUCUCAAAUUGAUUAUUAUGAGAUAAAUGAAGCGUUCUCUGUGGUGGCUCUAGCUAAUCAGAAGCUUCUCAAGAUUCCUCCUGAGAAGCUUAAUGUGCAUGGUGGAGCUGUAUCUUUGGGACAUCCUCUUGGUUGCAGUGGAGCUCGCAUACUUGUCACAUUAUUAGGGGUUCUUAGAAACAGAAAUGGAAAAUAUGGGAUUGCUGCAGUUUGCAAUGGCGGGGGAGGGGCUUCUGCACUUGCUUUAGAGCUCAUGCCUCAUACCGGAUUUGAGCGGUCAAUGCUAUGAAAUUGAGCUUGAGCUGUGUGUUGUAAUAAUAUGUACAAUAUGCAAAGGUUCAAAUGCAAGUACCAUGUUAGCUACUCUUCACUUAAUAGACCAAUCCUCCUUUCUUAUGA